AUGCUGUUCAAGGGUCGGGAAGGGCCCAUUCCGGCCUCAUGGGCAUGGAAGAAAAUGGUGCGAUUCGUGGUUGCAUUCAUCGCCAUUGCGGGUUUUGCCGCCCUGCUCUGGCCCUCGUCCGCGAAGCACAGUAUUGUCGCCCCGAUGCGCACACACUCCAACGUCACGAUCUCCUCCAAAGUGAAAUGCGACCCAGAUACCGACAUGCUGCUCCGCCUCGGCGUCCGCAAAUUGGCCCAGUACACCCGCCGAGAAAUCGUGGUGGACUUCACGGAGGAUCCGCUGCCUAUAAAACAACGGAUUGAUCAGCCACUGCUGGACGUCAAGGUUCGAGGGUCCAGUCACACAAAUGAGCUCGGCGAGCCACAAGAUGGUUGCACCAUCCCGAUGCCUCUCGCCGUCGUGGCUCCCAAACCCCCCAAGAUGGCCGACGCCUCUCACAUUGACUUUGGUGUGGCAACCUCGGUGUCCCGAUUGAACGAAUCGCUGGAUCAGUUUGCACACUGGGCUGGAUACACCCGCACACGCGUCUUCGCACUGAUAGAGCCGGAUGAGUCAAAGACGAAGGCGGGCAUUGCCUACCUCAAGGCCAAGGCAGACUAUCUCGGGAUCAACCUGUUCAUCACCGAGUCCGAGGAUGACUACCUGCACCGGUACUUUGCGCUCGUUGCUCUGUUGGAGGAGAACAUGCGUGAACAGACACGAUGGGGGUGCAUCAUUGACGACGACACAUUCUUCCUCUCCAUGGCUGCGCUAGUGAAGGCAUUAGGCGAGUACGACCACACCCAGCCCAUGUAUAUUGGCGGCCUGUCGGAGGGUAUCCCGCAGAUCGCUGUGUUCGGCAUGAUCGCGUUUGGAGGCGCUGGCGUUUUCCUGUCGCGGCCGCUGUUGUCCGAUCUAGCCACCGUAUAUGACCAGUGUGAGCAAAUGACUUAUACUGGCGACCGCCGCAUCGCCAACUGCGUUUAUCAAUAUACUACGACCCGAUUGACUGUGGAUCACCGCCUGCGCCAACUCGACCUGAUGGAAGACGCCUCGGGCUUCUUCGAGUCCGGUCGCGAACCUCCGCUCUCCGUGCACCACUGGAAGUCCUGGUUCCACGCAGACAUGCCCAAGCUCAGCGUGAUCUCAGCACUGUGUGGCGACACAUGUCUACUGCGGCAGUGGCAGUCUAGCGACGGUUGGUUCCUGACCAAUGGCUUCUCGGUCGUCCAGUACAGCUUCCCUCCGGAGGCAAACGACGUCACCAUGGAAAUGACGUGGGAGCCACACAACGGCGCCACAGAAGAAUCCUACCUGCACGAGCUGGGUCCGCUCCGCCGCAAGGAUGAUGAAAAGAUCAGCUAUCUUUUGGAGGACUCUGUCCUUGAGGAGAACGGCCGUGUCACCCAGUGGUACAUCAAGCGCGACAAGAGGGAUGGCGACCAGAUUCUAGAGCUGUCAUGGCGAAAGCGGUAA